AUGCCUUACAGAACUACUCGACUUUUAAAGAGUAUUCUAUAUGAAGGUGUUUCUACAGUUCCUCUGAAUGCUCUUCCGGAUUUUAGCCCUGUCCAUAUUGGACUUUCACCAACCACGAGAGGAGCUGGCGAUAUUAAGGUGAAUAGCUAUUUUAAGACAAAGAGAGAGUUGAUGUUGAGGAUGAAGAAAUGGGCUUUAGAGUGGAAGUUUGAGUACAAGACUGUCUCUUCUAACAAGUCAAGAGUGCUUUUGAGUUGUGUUGAUGAAAAUUGCACGUGGAGGAUGCGUGCUAUCAAGCUACCUCUUUCAGAUUUUUUCGUUGUUAAAAAGUAUGUUCAUGAGCAUACAUGCGAUACAACACACAGGAAAGCCAACCACAGACAAGCAUCUGCAAAGUUGUUGGGUUCUUUUAUUAGCAGCAAUUAUGGAGAAAAAAAGGAAGGUCUCAAACCGAAACAGAUCAUUGAACAGGUCAGGAUGCUGCAUGGUGUUCACAUCAAUUACAAACAAGCUUGGAGAGUGAGAGAAGAAGCUCAGAUUUUGGUUAGAGGGACUCCUGAAGACAGCUAUUACAAUUUGUCUAGGUGGUUGUAUAAAAUCACAGAAACAAACCCUGGUUCCUUGACUUAUCAACAUGUGGAUGCUGCAGGAAAGUUCAAGUAUGCAUUUGUGGCUUUUGGUCCUUCGAUAAGGGGAUUCUCAUUGAUGAGGAGAGUUAUUGCAGUAGAUGGUACAUUUCUGAAGGGAAAAUUCAAUGGGACUUUAUUGGCAGCUUGUGCUCAAGAUGGGAAUUAUCAUCUAUAUCCUCUCGCCUUUGCAGUGGUUGACGCAGAAAAUGGCGCCUCUUGGAAAUGGUUCUUUAGAGGUUUGAGCCAGAAGAUCCCGGACGCUUCGGAUCUUGUUUUUGUAUCAGACAAAGCUAACUCAAUUUCUUCAGCGUUGGAGGAUGUAUAUCCCUUAUCUCACCAUGGAAUUUGCAGGAUCCAUCUGCUCCGCAACAUCACUCCUACAUAUGCGAAGACUGGGUUGCUACCUCUGGUGGAAAGCGCUGCUGAUGCCUAUACGUGUCACGAGUUCUGGUUAAUCUUCAAGGACAUAAAGGAUAAAUGUCCUGAAUUGGCUAAGUAUCUGGAAGAUUCUGAUUUUAGGAAGUGGGCACGAAGCUAUGCGCCUGCGAACAGAUUGACGAUGACCACUUGGUUUUUUGAGCGACGCGAAGCGGCUGCGAAACAUAAGCACCUGGUUACUCCAAAAGUUGUGCAGAAAUUGGUAUCUAGGUUAGGGGCCGCAAUGUUGUUGAAUGUGUAUCAAGUUGAUCGAAGCGAGUUUGAGGUGAAGAAUGAAACAAUGAAGUUUGUUGUUGACUUGGAGAAGCGGCAUUGCACAUGUAAUGUUUUCGACAUUGACAAGAUCCCCUGCAUCCAUGCCAUCGCUGCUGCUAAGCAUAUCAAGAGAGAUGAAAACCUUUUUGUUGAUGCUUCUCACUUGACAGAAACGUGGGCUAAAGCUUAUGCUGAAAGCAUACAUCCUGGUGGAGAGUUGUCAACGUCCACCUAUCCAGAGAAUAUUGAUGAACUGUCUUGCCCACCUCCAGCUACCAAAAAGAAAAGUGGACGCCCUCCUACAAAGAGAAAGAGAUCCGUUGGCGAGUUUGGGGUUCCUGGAUCUAAAUCUCAGUCCCACAAGUGCAGCAGAUGUGGCACAGGAGGGCACAACAAGAGCACAUGCGAGAGGCCUAUAGGAUGA